AUGGUGGUGCGGCCACCAUGCUAUCGCAACACCCACGUCAUCCCAAUAUUCGUGUCCCUUCUUUGUGCGAAUAUUCUCCAAGCAAUCGCAUCCAUGAUGGACCUUCAGUGGUUAAUGGACGGAGCCGUGGAAGCUGGACGAUUCUGUGGCGCGCAAGGCGGCCUCAAGAAUGGCGGCAACGUGGCCUCCGCAGUAUGGUCUGCGGCCCUAUCAGUACACGUCUUCAUGCUCCUCUUUUUAAGACGGGGGAUGACCAAUCGCACGUGCAUCGUCCUCAUUGCCUCUGGAUGGAUAUUUGUCGGCUUUGUUGUUGCGAUCGGUCCGCUCGCUAUCCAGAAGGCAGAGGAAAGUUCCUACUUCGGACCUUCAGGUUAUUGGUGCUGGAUCACGCACGAAUACCCUGAAGAGCAGAUGUUGCUGGAGUAUUUCUUCGAAUUUUUGUCUGCUGCGUGCUCCAUCAUUCUGUAUACCGCGAUCGUUCUACGCGUCCGUGGCAAUCUUAUCAUCGCGAAUGACAAGUGGCGCCUUCGAUUCGUACCCCAUGGAGAGAGGUGGCUCCUGAGCGUCAGCCGCGACUACACUGACAACGCAAUGAUGAGCGUCGCGGCUCGGAUGGUCUGGCAUCCUAUAGCUUACACGAUAUGCCUUCUGCCGGUCGCCGUAGCGCGCUUCAUCUCCUUCGAUCUCCGAGCGGUGCCGUUUUGGGUCACAAUCUUUGCAGAUUUUAUCUUCAACAUGCAAGGAUUCGUGAACGUAGUCCUUGUUAUGUGCACCCGGCACCUGAUCCCGGACACGACAAUGUUGCCAAUGUUCGUUCCGCGAAAGGUCAUUGACUUUUCCUCGUCCGAGGCGUAUGGUAUCACCCCGUUCACAUUGCCGCAACCAGCGGCUGAGGUACCAGAGGGACAAGAGAAGAAUCUGCCAGAUGUCCCUAGCCAUACGCAGUUAGAAUGCAUCGAGGUGCAUUCAACCAAUGCGGAUCUUACGCGCAACGAAAGCACGCGCAGUGGUUCCUCGAUAAGUUCCGUGGACUCGCGGAUGCCUUUGUUCCAGAGGUGGAAAAGGCGAUUUUCAUUCAGGCGUGCUUAG